AUGCUGAAGACCGGUCGUAUAUACGUCGACAACGCCGGCGGAUCCCAGAUUCCGCAAGAUGUAGUGAACCGAAUUGCGGAAACUUGCUUGGUGCAGGCUAUUGGGGUUCAGGAAGGGAAGGAGGCUGCGACGAAGCUGUUGAAUGCGACGAGUCUCGACGGAAUCGUGUUCGAGGGAAGUUCAACUGCGAAUAUGGACGUGCUGAUGAAGCGUUUGGAGGCAGAAGGUGAGAUAGGUUCGGGCGACGAGAUCAUAGUCAUGGCCGGGGAGCACGAAGGUGGGUAA